UCCUGGGGGAAGGAUGGGUCUGAUGUUGGCUGCGGUGUGCCUCCUGGAAGCCGGCAGCACAGCCUGUGUGUGUGGACUCCGCUGGCCCGCUGGCUGGCACUUUUUCUUUUUCUUUUUCUUUUUUUUUUCUUGUGGGAGAGUUACUUCAAGUUGUGUUUGGAGCUGACGUGAGCGAGGUUGGUCAUGUGCUCGGGUGCCAGUGACGGGGUGGCCUGUGAGCUGAUGACGAGGACUGGCUUUUAAUCCUUGGUGGCGAUUAAGAGAAAGCUUAUCGGGGCCUGGGAGCCACCCUGACCCCCACCACCAUGUCGGGAUCCACACAGCCUGUGGCACAGACGUGGAGGGCCUCUGAACCCCGCUACCCGCCCCACAGCCUUUCCUACCCAGUGCAGAUCGCCCGGACGCACACGGACGUCGGGCUCCUGGAGUACCAGCACCACUCCCGCGACUAUGCCUCCCACCUGUCGCCUGGCUCCAUCAUCCAGCCGCAGCGGCGGAGGCCCUCCCUGCUGUCCGAGUUCCAGCCCGGGAAUGAACGGUCCCAGGAGCUCCACCUGCGGCCAGAGUCCCAUUCGUACCUGCCCGAGCUGGGGAAGUCAGAGAUGGAGUUCAUUGAAAGCAAGCGCCCUCGGCUAGAGCUGCUGCCCGACCCCCUGCUGCGACCGUCACCCCUGUUGGCCGCUGGCCAGCCUGCGGGAUCUGAAGACCUCACCAAGGACCGUAGCCUGACGGGCAAGCUGGAACCAGUGUCUCCCCCCAGCCCCCCGCACACCGACCCUGAGCUGGAGCUGGUGCCUCCGAGGCUGUCCAAGGAGGAGCUGAUCCAGAACAUGGACCGCGUGGACCGAGAGAUCACCAUGGUGGAGCAGCAGAUCUCUAAACUGAAGAAGAAGCAGCAACAGCUGGAGGAGGAGGCUGCCAAGCCGCCCGAGCCUGAGAAGCCUGUGUCACCGCCGCCCAUCGAGUCGAAGCACCGCAGCCUGGUGCAGAUCAUCUACGACGAGAACCGGAAGAAGGCCGAAGCUGCACAUCGGAUUCUGGAAGGCCUGGGGCCCCAGGUGGAGCUGCCAUUGUACAACCAGCCCUCCGACACCCGGCAGUAUCAUGAGAACAUCAAAAUAAACCAGGCGAUGCGGAAGAAGCUAAUCUUGUACUUCAAGAGGAGGAAUCACGCUCGGAAACAAUGGGAGCAGAAGUUCUGCCAGCGCUAUGACCAGCUCAUGGAGGCCUGGGAGAAGAAGGUGGAGCGCAUCGAGAACAACCCCCGGCGGCGGGCCAAGGAGAGCAAGGUGCGCGAGUACUACGAGAAGCAGUUCCCGGAGAUUCGCAAGCAGCGAGAGCUGCAGGAGCGCAUGCAGAGCAGGGUGGGCCAGCGGGGCAGUGGGCUGUCCAUGUCAGCCGCCCGCAGCGAGCACGAGGUGUCGGAGAUCAUCGACGGCCUCUCAGAGCAGGAGAACCUGGAGAAGCAGAUGCGCCAGCUGGCCGUGAUCCCGCCCAUGCUGUACGACGCCGACCAGCAGCGCAUCAAGUUCAUCAACAUGAACGGGCUCAUGGCCGACCCCAUGAAGGUGUACAAAGACCGCCAGGUCAUGAACAUGUGGAGCGAGCAGGAGAAGGAGACCUUCCGGGAGAAGUUCAUGCAGCAUCCCAAGAACUUUGGCCUGAUCGCAUCAUUCCUGGAGAGGAAGACGGUGGCUGAGUGCGUCCUCUAUUACUACCUGACCAAGAAGAAUGAGAACUAUAAGAGUCUGGUGAGACGGAGCUAUCGGCGCCGCGGCAAGAGCCAGCAGCAACAGCAGCAGCAGCAGCAGCCCAUGCCCCGCAGCAGCCAGGAGGAGAAAGAUGAGAAGGAGAAGGAAAAGGAGGCGGAGAAGGAGGAGGAGAAGCCGGAGGUGGAGAACGACAAGGAAGACCUCCUCAAGGAGAAGACAGACGACACCUCAGGGGAGGACAACGACGAGAAGGAGGCCGUGGCCUCCAAAGGCCGCAAAACUGCCAACAGCCAGGGGAGACGCAAAGGCCGCAUCACCCGCUCAAUGGCUAAUGAGGCCAACAGUGAGGAGGCCAUCACCCCCCAGCAGAGUGCUGAGCUAGCCUCCAUGGAGCUGAAUGAGAGUUCUCGCUGGACGGAAGAAGAAAUGGAAACAGCCAAGAAAGGUCUCCUGGAACACGGCCGCAACUGGUCGGCCAUCGCCCGGAUGGUGGGCUCCAAGACCGUGUCGCAGUGUAAGAACUUCUACUUCAACUACAAGAAGAGGCAGAACCUCGAUGAGAUCUUGCAGCAGCACAAGCUGAAGAUGGAGAAGGAGAGGAACGCGCGGAGGAAGAAGAAGAAAGCCCCGGCAGCGGCCAGCGAGGAGACCGCGUUCCCGCCCGUGGUGGAGGAUGAGGAGAUGGAGGCGUCGGGCGUGAGCGGAAACGAGGAGGAGAUGGUGGAGGAGGCCGAAGCCUUACAUGCCUCUGGGAAUGAGGUGCCCAGAGGGGAAUGCAGUGGCCCAGCCACUGUCAACAACAGCUCAGACACCGAGAGCAUCCCCUCCCCUCGCACUGAGGCCGCCAAGGACACAGGGCAGAAUGGGCCCCAGCCCCCAGCCACCCAGAGCACCGAUGGGCCACCCCCGGAGCCACCCACCCCGCCGCCGGAGGACAUCCCGGCCCCCACUGAGCCCACCCCCGCCUCUGAAGCCACCGGACCCCCUACGCCCCCACCAGCACCCCCAUCGCCUUCUGUACCCCCUCCUGUGGUCCCCAAGGAGGAGAAGGAGGAGGAGGCCGCAGCGGUGUCCCCAGUGGAGGAGGGGGAGGAGCAGAAGCCCCCCGCGGCUGAGGAGCUGGCAGUGGACACAGGGAAGGCCGAGGAGCCCAUCAAGAGCGAGUGCACGGAGCAAGCCGAGGAGGGGCCGGCCAAGGGCAAGGAUGCGGAGGCCUCUGAGGCCACGGCCGAGGGAGCACUCAAGGCAGAGAAGAAGGAGGGCGGGAGCGGCAGGGCCACCACAGCCAAGGGCUCGGGCGCCCCCCAGGACAGCGACUCCAGUGCCACCUGCAGUGCAGAUGAGGUGGAUGAGCCUGAGGGCGGCGACAAGAACCGGCUGCUGUCCCCAAGGCCCAGCCUCCUCACCCCGACUGGCGACCCCCGGGCCAACGCCUCGCCCCAGAAGCCACUGGACCUGAAGCAGCUGAAGCAGCGAGCGGCUGCCAUCCCCCCCAUCGUGAGUGCCCACCCCCAGAGCCCCGCAGAGUCCACCCUGACCUUGACUUUCCCGUUCAUCGAGACAGAGAAUCCCACGGGUGGGAGCGCGCACCUGCAGCCCAGCUCAUCUGCUGCUGUUUCCUGGAGAAGCCCCCGUGGAGAUGAGCAGGUCACCAAAGUCCAUGAACCCCCCCGGGAGGACGCAGCUCCCACUAAGCCAGCUCCCCCCGCCCCACCACCGCCACAGCACUUGCAGCCGGAGAGCGACGCCCCUCAGCAGCCUGGCAGCAGCCCCCGGGGCAAGAGCAGGAGCCCGGCGCCCGCCGCCGACAAGGAGGCAGAGAAGCCUGUGUUCUUCCCAGCCUUCGCAGCCGAGGCCCAGAAGCUGCCUGGGGACCCCCCUUGCUGGACUUCCGGCCUGCCCUUCCCUGUGCCCCCCCGUGAGGUGAUCAAGGCCUCCCCGCAUGCCCCGGACCCCUCAGCCUUCUCCUACGCUCCACCUGGUCACCCGCUGCCCCUGGGCCUCCAUGACACUGCCCGGCCCGUCCUGCCGCGCCCACCUACCAUCUCCAACCCACCUCCCCUCAUCUCCUCUGCCAAGCACCCCAGCGUCCUCGAGAGGCAAAUAGGUGCCAUCUCCCAGGGAAUGUCGGUCCAGCUCCACGUCCCGUACUCAGAGCAUGCCAAGGCCCCGGUGGGCCCCGUCACCAUGGGGCUGCCCCUGCCCAUGGACCCCAAAAAGCUGGCACCCUUCAGCGGAGUGAAGCAGGAGCAGCUGUCCCCACGGGGCCAGGCUGGGCCACCGGAGAGCCUGGGGGUGCCCACGGCCCAGGAGGCGUCCGUGCUGAGAGGGACAGCUCUGGGCUCAGUUCCGGGCGGAAGCAUCACCAAAGGCAUUCCCAGCACACGGGUGCCCUCGGACAGCGCCAUCACAUACCGCGGCUCCAUCACCCACGGCACACCAGCUGAUGUCCUGUACAAGGGCACCAUCACCAGGAUCAUCGGCGAGGACAGCCCGAGUCGCCUGGACCGCAGCCGGGAGGACAGCCUGCCCAAGGGCCACGUCAUCUACGAAGGCAAGAAGGGCCACGUCUUGUCCUAUGAGGGUGGCAUGUCUGUGACCCAGUGCUCUAAGGAGGAUGGCAGAAGCAGCUCAGGACCCCCCCACGAGACGGCUGCCCCCAAGCGCACCUACGACAUGAUGGAAGGCCGUGUGGGCAGAGCCAUCUCCUCGGCCGGCAUCGAAGGUCUCAUGGGCCGUGCCAUCCCACCUGAGCGACACAGCCCCCACCACCUCAAAGAGCAGCACCACAUCCGCGGGUCAAUCACACAAGGGAUCCCUCGGUCCUAUGUGGAAGCACAGGAGGACUACCUGCGUCGGGAGGCCAAGCUCCUAAAGCGGGAGGGCACACCUCCACCCCCACCGCCCCCGCGGGACCUGACCGAGGCCUACAAGACGCAGGCCCUGGGCCCCCUGAAGCUGAAGCCGGCCCAUGAGGGCCUGGUGGCCACGGUGAAGGAGGCGGGCCGCUCCAUCCAUGAGAUUCCGCGCGAGGAGCUGCGGCACACGCCCGAGCUGCCCCUGGCCCCGCGGCCACUCAAGGAGGGCUCCAUCACACAGGGCACCCCGCUCAAGUACGACACCGGCACGUCCACCACUGGCUCCAAAAAGCACGACGUACGCUCCCUCAUCGGCAGCCCCGGCCGGACGUUCCCACCUGUGCACCCGCUGGACGUGAUGGCUGACGCCCGGGCACUGGAACGCGCCUGCUACGAGGAGAGCCUGAAGAGCCGGCCGGGGACCGCCGGCAGCUCGGGGGGCUCCAUUGCUCGUGGUGCCCCGGUCAUUGUGCCUGAGCUGGGCAAGCCGCGGCAGAGCCCCCUGACCUAUGAGGACCAUGGGGCACCCUUCGCUGGCCACCUUCCGCGAGGCUCGCCUGUGACCACGCGGGAGCCCACGCCGCGCCUGCAAGAGGGCAGCCUGUCUUCCAGCAAGGCAUCCCAGGACCGAAAGCUGACGUCGACGCCUCGUGAGAUCGCCAAGUCCCCGCACAGCACUGUGCCCGAGCACCACCCACACCCCAUCUCGCCCUAUGAGCACCUACUUCGGGGCGUGAGUGGCGUGGACCUGUAUCGCAGCCACAUCCCCCUGGCCUUCGACCCCACCUCCAUACCCCGCGGCAUCCCUCUGGACGCAGCUGCUGCCUACUACUUGCCCCGGCACCUGGCCCCCAACCCCACCUACCCGCACCUGUACCCACCCUACCUCAUCCGCGGCUACCCCGACACGGCGGCGCUGGAGAACCGGCAGACCAUCAUCAAUGACUACAUCACCUCACAGCAGAUGCACCACAACGCAGCCACCGCCAUGGCCCAGCGAGCCGACAUGCUGAGGGGCCUCUCGCCCCGCGAGUCCUCGCUGGCACUCAACUACGCUGCCGGCCCCCGAGGCAUCAUCGACUUGUCCCAAGUGCCACACCUGCCCGUGCUGGUGCCCCCGACGCCAGGCACCCCAGCCACCGCCAUGGACCGCCUUGCCUACCUCCCCACCGCACCCCAGCCCUUCAGCAGCCGCCACAGCAGCUCCCCACUCUCCCCAGGAGGCCCCACGCACUUGACAAAACCAACCACCACGUCCUCGUCCGAGCGGGAGCGAGACCGGGAUCGGGAGCGUGACCGGGAUCGGGAGCGGGAAAAGUCCAUCCUCACAUCCUCCACAACGGUGGAGCAUGCGCCCAUCUGGAGGCCCGGUACAGAGCAGAGCAGCGGCAGCAGUGGCAGCAGCGGCGGGGGUGGGGGCAGCAGCAGCCGCCCCGCAUCCCACUCCCAUGCCCACCAGCACUCGCCCAUCUCCCCCCGGACCCAGGACGCUCUCCAGCAGAGGCCCAGUGUGCUGCACAACACAGGCAUGAAGGGCAUCAUCACCGCUGUAGAGCCCAGCACGCCCACGGUCCUGAGGUGGGCCAGGUCCACCUCCACCUCCUCACCCGUUCGCCCGGCUGCCACAUUCCCACCCGCCACCCACUGCCCACUGGGCGGCACCCUCGAUGGGGUCUACCCUACCCUCAUGGAGCCCGUCUUGCUGCCCAAGGAGGCUCCCCGGGUCGCCCGGCCAGAGCGGCCCCGAGCAGACACCGGCCAUGCCUUCCUCGCCAAGCCCCCAGCCCGCUCCGGGCUGGAGCCCGCCUCCUCCCCCAGCAAGGGCUCGGAGCCCCGGCCCCUAGCACCCCCCGUCUCUGGCCACGCCACCAUCGCCCGCACCCCUGCGAAGAACCUCGCACCCCACCACGCCAGCCCGGACCCGCCGGCGCCGCCCGCCUCAGCCUCGGACCCGCACCGGGAAAAGACUCAAAGUAAACCCUUUUCCAUCCAGGAACUGGAACUCCGUUCUCUGGGUAAGACCACCCUGACAGCGGCCACCUUCAUAGACGCGAUUAUCAUGCGUCAAAUUGCUCACGAUAAAGGGGCGCGAGAAGGAGGUGCGCUGGCCAACGGCUCCCCUCGCGAUGGUUACCACGGCAGCAGCUACAGCCCUGAAGGGGUGGAGCCCGUCAGCCCUGUGAGCUCACCCAGCCUGACACACGACAAGGGGCUCCCCAAGCACCUGGAAGAGCUGGACAAGAGCCACCUGGAGGGGGAGCUGCGGCCCAAGCAGCCAGGCCCCGUGAAGCUCGGCGGGGAGGCCGCCCACCUCCCACACCUGCGGCCACUGCCCGAGAACCAGCCCUCGUCCAGCCCGCUGCUCCAGACUGCUCCGGGGGUCAAAGGUCACCAGCGGGUGGUCACUCUGGCCCAGCACAUCAGUGAGGUCAUCACACAGGACUACACCCGGCACCACCCACAGCAGCUCAGCGCACCCCUGCCCGCCCCCCUGUACUCCUUCCCUGGGGCCAGCUGCCCCGUCCUGGACCUCCGCCGCCCACCCAGUGACCUCUACCUCCCGCCCCCGGACCACGGUGCCCCGGCCCGUGGCUCCCCCAACAGCGAAGGGGGCAAGAGGUCUCCAGAGCCAAGCAAGACGUCGGUCUUGGGUGGUGGUGAGGACGGUAUUGAACCUGUGUCCCCACCGGAGGGCGUGACGGAGCCAGGGCACUCCCGGAGUGCUGUGUACCCGCUGUUGUACCGGGAUGGGGAGCAGACAGAGCCCAGCAGGAUGGGCUCCAAGUCUCCAGGCAACACCAGCCAGCCGCCAGCCUUCUUCAGCAAGCUGACCGAGAGCAACUCCGCCAUGGUCAAGUCCAAGAAGCAAGAGAUCAACAAGAAGCUGAACACCCACAACCGGAAUGAGCCUGAAUACAAUAUCGGCCAGCCUGGGACGGAGAUCUUCAAUAUGCCCGCCAUCACCGGAACAGGCCUUAUGACCUAUAGAAGCCAGGCGGUGCAGGAACAUGCCAGCACCAACAUGGGGCUGGAGGCCAUAAUUAGAAAGGCACUCAUGGGUAAAUAUGACCAGUGGGAAGAGUCCCCGCCGCUCAGCGCCAAUGCUUUUAACCCUCUGAAUGCCAGUGCCAGCCUGCCCGCUGCUAUGCCCAUAACCGCUGCUGACGGACGGAGUGACCACACACUCACCUCGCCAGGCGGCGGCGGGAAGGCCAAGGUCUCUGGCAGACCCAGCAGCCGAAAAGCCAAGUCCCCGGCCCCGGGCCUGGCGUCUGGGGACCGGCCACCCUCCGUCUCCUCAGUGCACUCAGAGGGAGACUGCAACCGCCGGACGCCGCUCACCAACCGUGUGUGGGAGGACCGGCCCUCGUCAGCAGGUUCCACGCCAUUCCCCUACAAUCCCCUGAUCAUGCGGCUGCAGGCGGGUGUCAUGGCUUCCCCACCCCCACCGGGCCUCCCCGCGGGCAGCGGGCCCCUCGCUGGCCCCCACCACGCCUGGGACGAGGAGCCCAAGCCACUGCUCUGCUCGCAGUACGAGACACUGUCCGACAGCGAGUGACUCAGAAUGGGGGAGGGGGGCGGUGUCGGGUCCCAGCGAGCCACAGGAAGAGCCCGGCAGGAGCAGGGCGGGUGCCGACUCCCCCCAACGAGGAAGGAGCCCCUGAGUACGCCUGCGCCUCCAUCCAUCCAUCCGUCCAGAGCCGGCAUCCUUGCCUGUCUAAAGCCUUAACUAAGACUCCCGCCCCGGGCUGGCCCUGUGCAGACCUUACUCAGGGGAUGUUUACCUGGUGCUCGGGAAGGGAGGGGAAGGGGCCGGGGAGGGGGCACGGCAGGCGUGUGGCAGCCACACGCAGGCGGCCGGGGCGGCCAGGGACCCAAAGCAGGACGACCACGCACCUCCACGCCACUGCCUCCCCCAAAUGCAUUUGGAACCAAAGUCUAAACUGAGCUCGCAGCCCCCGCGCCCGCCCUCCGCCUCCCAUCCCGCUUAGCGCUCUGGACAGACGGACGCAGGCCCUGUCCAGCCCCCAGUGCGCUCGUUCUGGUCCCCACAGGCUGCCCCAGCCAACGAGAUUGCUGGAAACCAAGUCAGGCCAGGUGGGCGGACAAAAGGGCCAGGUGCGGCCUGGGGCGAACGGAUGCUCGGAGGACUGGACUGUUUUUUUCACACAUCGUUGCCGCAGCGGUGGGAAGGAAAGGCAGAUGUAAAUGAUGUAUUGGUUUACAGGGUAUAUUUUUGAUACCUUCAAUGAAUUAAUUCAGAUGUUUUACGCAAGGAAGGACUUACCCAGUAUUACUGCUGCUGUGCUUUUGAUCUCUGCUUACCGUUCAAGAGGCGUGUGCAGGCCGACAGUCGGUGACCCCAUCACUCGCAGGACCAAGGGGGCGGGGACUGCUGGCUCACGCCCCGCUGUGUCCUCCCUCCCUCCCUUCCUUGGGCAGAAUGAAUUCGAUGCGUAUUCUGUGGCCGCCAUCUGCACAGGGUGGUGGUAUUCUGUCAUUUACACACGUCGUUCUAAUUAAAAAGCGAAUUAUACUCCA